AUGGAUGGCAAGAACCAGACAACGGGCUUCCUCCUACAGGGCUUCUCUGAGCUGCCACGGUUCCGGCCCCUCCUCUUUGUGCUGCUGCUGGUAGGGCAUCUGGCCACCCUGACUGGCAACUUGAGCAUCCUGGUGGCCGUGGCCUCGGCCCCACAGCGGCCGCCCAUGCUGCUCUUCCUGGGCCAGCUGUCGGGCAUCGAGCUGGGCUAUGCCUUGGUGGUGGGGCCUCGGUUGCUGGCGGACCUGGCGGGCCCCGCAUCCCCAGCUGGGCGUCCCAUCUCCUUCCUGGGCUGUGCCGCACAGAUGCAGAUGUUCGUGGCUCUGGGUGGGGCCGAGUGCUUCCUGCUGGCAUCCAUGGCAUUCGACCGCUACAUGGCUGUGUGCCUCCCACUGCGCUACCCGGCGGUGGUCACCCCGGCGCUGUGUGCCCGCCUGGCGGUCGGCUGCGGCCUGGGAGCCCUGGCCGUGUCCCUGGGGCUGACGGUGACCGUGGCCCGCCUACCCUUCUGCCGUUCGCGCCUCCUGCCGCACUUCUUCUGUGAUGUCACAGCGUUGCUGCAAGUGGCCUGCACCCAGGGCCGAGUCGACGAGCUGCCGCUGCUGGCCGCCAGCGUGCUGCUGCUGCUGCUGCCCUCACUGCUCAUCCUGGCCUCCUACGGGGCCGUGGUGGCCGCCGUGCUGAGGGUGCCUGCUGCCGCUGGCCGCCACAAGGCUUUCUCCACCUGUGCCUCACACCUGACGGUCACCGUGCUUCACUACGGCUGCGCCGCCUUCACGUAUGUGAGGCCCAAGGCCAGCUACCGGCCUCGGCGGGACAAGGUGCUGUCCCUGGUUUACACCAACCUCACACCCCUGCUCUACCCGCUCAUCUACAGCCUGCGCAACCGUGAGGUCACCGGGGCCAUCCGGAAGAGGCUGGGGCCUAGGAGGGCUGGCCAGACUCUGAGCCGCCCGUGAGCAGCCCAGGAAAGGGACCGGAGGUGCAUGGUUCCCGGGGUCCUCUGCCUCCAGGACGAGGGUGCCCAAGGAUGAGUGGGAUGGGUCU